AUGGCCGCCCGCCUCGCCCAGGUCAACGCCCACCUCAACUACCCAGCCGGCCUCCUCGCAGGCAAAGUCGCCAUCAUCACCGGCUCAGGCCAGGGCAUCGGCGCCGAAGCAGCCCGGCUGUUCGCCAACGAAGGCGCAAAGGUCAUCGUCGCUGACAUCGACGCUCAAAAAGCCACCGCCGUCGCCCAAUCCAUCAACGAUGCGGGCGCCGGGCGCGCGCUCGCCGUCGUCGGCGAUAUCCUGGACGACGCCUAUAUCACGGACCUCGUCUCCAAGGCGGCCGGGUUCGGGAACGGGAAGAUCCAUAUCAUCGUGAACAAUGCGGGGUUUACCUGGGACGGGGUGAUCCACAAGAUCACCGAUAAACAAUGGGACACGAUGCUAGCGGUGCACAACACCGCGCCGUUCAAGCUGAUUCGGGCCGCGGCGCCGUAUUUCCGGGUUAGGGAUGGGGAGGACCGUGUGAUUAUCAAUAUUAGCUCUACGAGUGGGAUCCAUGGGAAUGCGGGGCAAGCAAACUACGCGCUCGCCAAAGCCGGGCUGGUCGGGCUGACCAAGACCAUUGCUAAGGAAUGGGGCCCGGCGUAUGGGGUGCGCGCCAACACGAUCGCGUUUGGCUUUGUGACGACCCGGUUGACGGCUGCGAAGGAGGACGGCGCGUUCAUCACCACCCCGGACGGGACCAAGGUUGCGCUGGGGAUCCCCGGGAAGCAGCUGGCUGGUCGUAAGGGGGGCGAGAAGCAGGCGUAUCCGGAUAUUCCUCUGGGACGGCCGGCGAGUCCCGAGGAGGCGGCGAGGUCGAUUCUGGGGGUGUGCAGUCCUUACUUUUCGUAUGUGAGUGGGGAGACCAUUCGGGUGACUGGAGGUCGCAAUACGUAA